AUGGAAUCAAUCGCUAUACAAUGUUUGGAAACUAAAUUAGGUCAAAAUGUUUCUUCUUGCGGUCUAAUAAUUGAUCAAUCUAUUCCAUACUUUGCUGCUUCACCAGAUGGACUGAUUGGAGAUGACUGUCUGGUCGAAAUUAAAUAUCCUUAUUCUGCUAAAGAUCAUACAACCAUCGUUGAAGCUAUAAAUGACAAAAAAAUAAAAUUUCUUAAAAUUAAUAAAAAAUCAGAUUUACCAGAAUUAAAGAGAACUCAUGAUUAUUAUUAUCAAAUUCAAGGGCAAUUGCAUAUAAGCAAAAAAAGUUAUUGUUAUUUUGUUGUAUUUUCUCAAAAUUGGAUACAAAUCGAAAAAAUUGUAUACAAUGAUGAAUUUUGGCAAAACGAAAUGUGCACUGAGUUAACAAAGUUUUAUCUAGACUGUGUGUUACCGCAAAUAGUUAUACCUCAGUAUGGCAAACGAUUACUAACUCAAGACAUAAAGGAUCCAAAAGAAAAAGAUAUUGUAUUAUGA